AUGGACGACGAAGGAGCGGCAGGAGACGAGGAGGAAACGGAAGAAGUGGCCAAAGUGGUGGAAGAGCUGGACUCCUCGGCAACGGAGAUGGAGCUGGAUGCCGAAGUGAUUGGGGCAGCCGACGAAGUGGCGACGGCAGAAGACGUUGGGGCAGCACUGCUGGACGAAGCAGCGGUGCUGGAGACGGCGCUGGAUGCCUUGCUCGAGAAGCUUGCGGCACUCGAGGAAGAGGCUUUGCUCGACGAGCUGGCGCUGAAGUUGGCACCGACGUCUUUGCAAACGCUGGAGAAUGAGUCGGCCGCGGUGUCGGCGUUGUCUCCGCACUUGGAUUGCAAACAAGAGGACAUCUCAGAGGACUCAUUGCUGCAAACACAGGCAAUCUGA